AUGUAUAUCCAAGAAACAGAAUAUAAUAAAGAAACGAUUACCGCUAAGGAGUUAUUCAAAUUAGCUAGGCAAUCAAAAAAACCAAAAAUCUAUAACCCAAAAACUAAUCGUAUGGUUGUGAUUAAUGGGCCAGCAUAUAAUGUCUUGAUACGCGAUGGUUAUAUGCAUUGGAGAGAAGAAAGACUUUUGAUUCUGCCAUUCAAUGAAAUACUGAUACUAAAAAAAUGUUUAUCUUUUACAUCUAAUAAAAUUUGGGGUAUUGUUGCUGAAAAAGGUCUUCUUACAGAAAUCGAUAGGAAA